UUUAUUCUCCACUAUAUUUGAAACCCCCUUCUUCGGAUUAAAACUCUCAUUCUCUUUUUACAGAUCUCUCUCUCUCUCUCUCUCUACCUGUUUUCUUAUUGCAUUUCAUCUUCUCCAUUCUGGUUUCCCUCAUGAGCGAAUCUCGGCGACAGCCGGUAUUGUUUCUCGCUUAGUUGGAUUUGUACCAGAAUUCUCGUUUCUCUUGCUUCGAUUCUCUAUAUUUAAGUGCAUCUUUUGUCGGAAAGAGAAUCAUCGAUCUCUCGUUCUUUUACACACUCAAUACACUCAUCAUUUUCGUGAAUCUCGACGAGAGAUGGAGGAAGCAGGAGGAACAGGAAUCAGGAGGAGAAGUUGCACUUGCUCAAAAGACGAUUUUCUUCCUGAGGAAUCCUUCAAGAGUUUUCAGAACUAUGCUAGAGCGCUCAAGGAGACGCCUAAAAGAUUGGCGGAUCGGCUCAUGACUCGAUCCUUGGAUACAACGGAGCUCCAUGAAAUCAAGGCACGGAGUGAGCACGAGAUGAAGAAGAGUUUAACGUGGUGGGACCUCAUGUGGUUUGGAAUCGGCGCCGUAGUUGGCUCCGGCAUCUUCGUGCUAACUGGUCUUGAAUCACGCCAACACGCCGGACCGGCCGUUGUCCUGUCUUAUGUUGUCUCUGGAAUCUCUGCAAUGCUCUCCGUUUUCUGCUACACUGAAUUCGCCGUCGAGAUCCCCGUUGCCGGUGGAUCAUUCGCAUACCUAAGGGUAGAGCUAGGUGACUUUGUGGCCUUCAUUGCGGCAGGCAACAUCCUCUUAGAGUACGUGGUGGGCGGAGCAGCCGUGUCACGGACAUGGACAUCAUAUUUCGCCACUCUUUGCAACCGCGACCCUGAAGCCUUUCGCAUCAUCGUCCCUAGCAUGGGAGAAAACUAUGGCCACCUUGAUCCUAUCGCGGUCCUUGUCUGUGCAAUCAUCUGCAUCCUCGCUGUCCUCAGCACCAAGGGCUCCUCUCGUUUCAACUACGUCGCUUCCAUUAUUCAUAUGUUUGUCAUUCUCUUUAUUAUCGUCGCUGGCUUUACAAAAGCCGAUCCCAGUAACUACUCCGACUUUGCUCCCUUUGGUGCUCAUGGUGUCUUCAAGGCCGCUGCUGUUCUAUUUUUCGCUUAUGUUGGCUUUGAUGCUGUGUCAACCAUGGCAGAAGAGACCAAGAACCCUGCUCGUGAUAUCCCUAUUGGUCUUGUCGGCUCCAUGGCGGUCACAACAGCGUUGUAUUGCGUAUUGUCUGUGGUGUUGUGCAUGAUGCAGAACUACAAAGAAGUUGACAUUAACGCUCCCUACUCAGUUGCAUUUUCUGCUGCCGGGUUAGAUUGGGCCAAGUAUAUUGUUGCUGCCGGUGCACUAAAAGGCAUGACCACAGUCCUUUUGGUGGCAGCCGUGGGUCAAGCCAGGUACCUAACCCACAUUGCUCGCACCCACAUGAUGCCACCAUGGUUCGCUCACGUCAGUCCAAAGACUGGUACCCCAGUUAAUGCCACGGUCUUCAUGCUUUCAGCUACUGCAUUCAUCGGCUUCUUUACAAAACUCGAUAUUCUUGCCAACCUCCUUUCCAUAUCCACACUUUUUAUCUUCAUGCUCGUCGCAGUCGCUCUUCUAGUCCGACGUUACUAUGUCGCUGGCGUGACAUCCUCAGCAGACCGCAACAAGUUCCUCAUUUGCCUCCUCUUAAUUCUUGGAUCCUCAAUAGCCGCUGCUAUAUGCUGGGCUGCAACUGAAACUGGCUGGAUUGGAUAUUGCAUUAUACUGCCAAUUUGGCUGUUAGGCACCCUGGGUCUUGUCCUAGUUGUCCCACAAGCAAGGCAACCCAAAUUGUGGGGCGUCCCAUUGGUGCCAUGGCUGCCAUCAGCUUCUAUUGCCAUCAAUAUAUUCUUGCUAGGAUCCAUAGAUAAAGCUUCCUUCGAGAGAUUUGCCAUCUGGACUGCUUUUCUAUUGAUUUACUAUUUGUUGUUUGGGUUGCACGCAUCUUACGACACUGCCAAGGAAAUGGAAGAAAAUAAGAGUGUUGUUGACGGAUGCAAGAAGGUUGAAGAAGGUACUGCUCUUACUGGCUCUUCGUCUAUACAAACAUAAUAUGGUUCGUACAUUCAUGUCAAGAAACAACGCUUGAUUAAUCGUGUACAUCAUGUUUAUUUCUCAUGUUGUGUGCAGUUCCCUAUUUACACUAGAUUUUGAAGGGUUUAUUAAGAGAAGAGUAGAGAUUGUCGAUUUCAUCUUUUAAAAAAAAUUAAAAUUUCAAAUUGAAGGUUUUACAUUCCUGU